AAAUACCUCUGAGUGGUUGUUGGCAUGGUUGAGGGUUUUACGUUUGUCGAACGCAGAAGCACACAGCGACUGGCUGCGCCGCUCUCUCUCUCCGCCGCAGAGUGUGGAGCAUAUGAAUUAAGAAGAAGGAAGCAUCUGAAGUUGUGUAUUAGAGAAAUGGGGGAAAUUUGGUGGUCCCUUUUGGGAGCUGCAAUCCCUGUGGUUGUUGCAGGACAAGCUUUUAGAGUGAAGAAAAGGCGUGCAGAGGAGCAGAGGUUGAAGAGUGCAAGGGGAAGGGAAAGGAGUUCUGAUGAGAUUUUUGUCUGUGAAAGGGUUUGUACAUCAAAGAGGAUGUUGAAAAAGGUUGGAUCAUUCUCCAAAGAUCCCAUUCCUGAUACCUGCGUCACUGUAUGUGGUGUAUCUGAUCUUGAUGCAUGUGCUGAUGCCUGUGCCCGCACUGUUUGUGUUAACCAACAUCAAGUGCCUAAUUGGAAUGACAUUUGCCUUAGGAGGUGCCAGAGUGAAUGCCUCAAACUCUCUUCUCAAUCUUCUUAGCAGCUACCUUGCAUUCAUCCUGUUAAAUGUGUUUGUGAUUAUGGUUAAUGUUUUCUCGCAUCAUUUUAGCUCCAGAAUCAAGAUUUGUUAUAAACUCUAUGGAAAUGCAAAUGGGGUUUGGUCAACUGGUGGUUCUAGUUCAUUUAGCAUUCCACUAACAUGAGAUCUAAAUACUUCUUUCUUUUGUUGCCUUAUUUGUGCAUGAGAAUUGCAAGCCUG